AUGCUCCACGAAUGCAAUUCGGGCUACCUGCUGGUUCUGGUUCUCGCCCUGCUCUACUUCAGCGCGAGUGGGAAUUUGGGAAACUGGGAGCCGAGGGAAUAUGGAACGCCCACGCGCUACGAUUUCGCUAAUCAGCAGCAGCAACAACGACAACAGCAAUAUGAGCAACGAGGUCGCUAUGGCGCCCAAAACAGACCUUACCAGCAACAACAACAACAACAACAACAGCAGCAGCAGCAGCAGAGACAGCCGCCACUAUAUAAUCGCGUAGCGUCCGGCGGAAUGAACUACGAGAGUACCGAGGAGCUCGUAGUGGAUCGCAAAUAUCGACGGCGCGAGCACGAAACCAUCUCGAAUCGGGAGCAGCACAAAUGUCGCAUCUGGAUACCCACCGAAACGGUGGGGAAAUACGAGCACGCCAGUGUCAUCCAGACGGAUCAGGCGAACCAGCUGACUUCAAUAGAGCUGUGCUGCACGGGCUACAGUGCCACACGGCUGCGGGGCGUGACGGUCUGUCGUCCGAUCUGUGGCUGUGUGAAUGGCGGAUGCAGCAAGCCCGGGGAGUGCGACUGCUACGAGGGCUUCGUGAAGAACGACAAUGGCGACUGCGUGUUCGCGUGUCCUUUGGGCUGCCAGAACGGACGCUGCUAUCUGGACGGCAGCUGCGAAUGCGAUCCGGGAUACAAGCUGGAUGAGACGCGCAGCUUCUGCAGACCCAUCUGCAGUGGCGGCUGCGGCAACAAUGUGCGCCACAACUGCACCGAGCCGGAGGUCUGUAGUUGCGCCAAGGGCUAUCAGCUGACCGAUGAGGGCUGCCAGCCAGUUUGCGACCCGGACUGCGGCAUUGGCGGGCUGUGUCGGGACAACAACGAGUGCGAUUGCGGACCCGGCUAUGUGCUGAAGGACGGUGUCUGCCAAUUCGACUGUUACCAGAAAUGCAAUAACGGCGUCUGUGUUAGCCGCAAUCGUUGUAUAUGUGAUCCCGGCUUUACUUACCAUGAGCGCUCAACGAUGUGUGUCCCGCUGUAGCAGAGCGGUUAUCAAAUAAAAAAUCAAUAGGAAUCUUCAUAAAUACUUGUAUGUUCACGAUUUACAAAAGCUUUUAUUUUUUGUAGCUCAUCUACAAAUCGACCUUUAGUUGCUAACUAUAGCUAACAAAUUCUGCAGAGAAUAGCUUAACAGCUGAUGGUGAACUACGACUAAUGAGAGAGUCUUCUGUACCUGCCAGAAAUCGAGAAAUAGUGCUAAUUUAUUUUUAUCGCAAUCAAGCACAAUUUCUAGUUCAGUGUUUAUUUUGCAAUUCUCUAAAAAAGUUAUAAGCCAAGAACAUUUCGAGCCUCGCCGAUUUAUGUUAAACGAACUAUUAAGGCACAACAAUUCUACAAACAUGAUUCAAUCUAUUAAAAAAAAUUUAAGCUAAAAUACAAAAAAUUUAAUUAAAAAUAAAUUUAAAAUUUUUUAUUGAUAUUUUUUAGUUUCCUCACAUUCAAAACCAAAACCUAGCAGAAGGGCUGUACAUAGCAAGCAAAGGUUAUUGCGAAUAUAUAUUUUUUAUAGUUUAUUUAAAUAGACCUUGUAAAACUAACAAAUUUUCCAGACAACAAAUAAUAAAUAAACGGGGAGAAUUGCGCAAUCAAAUCAUUUGUUGAGCCCCGACGAUUUAUGUUGAACAAACUAUUAAAGCACAAUACGAUGCUCAAAA